AUGGAGACAAGUGAAAGAGAAGAGCUUUUUGAGGUUUUAGAAACGAGCACCGAUUUGGAAAAGCAGCCCACAGCAGACACGAACGCGUUUCCCCUCAACCUGUCGACCGAUGUCAAGUGGUUGGAAAUUCCACUUAAAGGCAAGCUGGUGCUGAGGGAGGAAGGGGCGGUGCCCGACUACGAGCGCACCUUCAGCAGCUGUGCCGCCGCCUCCGCCUCCUCUUCGCGGGCAUCUGAUGCGCUGUGCGCCGAUUCGUCCUUCGCCUUCAAUUCUUAUGAGGGCGAGCUGGAUGACUCGUCAUCAACCAGCGGCUUAUCGGACACUUCGGCCAAUAAUUCAGACAUCGAUUUCUCGGACUUGGAAGAAGAUCCUCCUGACCUGCAAACAGAUGACGGCGACGACGACUGCAGCGCCCCGACUUUCUGGGGCGAGCCUGGCCAGCCCAUCAGCAUCGAGGAGUUCACAUCCAGCUGUGGCCCCCGGCUCGCGCUGCCGGAAGAGGCAGAUGCCCGGGAUUACUUCAGGCUUCUGUUCCCAGACUCUCUCUUUGAGCACAUCGUGCUGCAAACUAACAGUUACGCGCUUUAUAGGCAGAGAAAAAAUGGCAAAUCCGAUCCCAAUUGGAGAGCAACAGACAUCAGGGAGAUGCAGGCUUAUAUUGGACUGAACAUUCUUAUGGGCAUUAACCAGCUGCCAGAUUAUGGCAUGUAUUGGGCUACUGACAUUUUUAUAGGCAAUGCAGGCUUUAAGAAGACCAUGACUGCCCGACGGUUUGAGAAGCUAAACCAGAACAUACAAUUGUGUGAUCGGGAAAGAGAACCAUCCCGUGGGCAGCCCAGUUAUGAUGGGUUGUACAAAAUUCGCCCCCUUUUGGAUGUUGUGCAAAGGGCAAUGUGGGAUGUUUAUGGACCAAACAGGUGCCUCACAAUAGAUGAAGGCGAAAUUUGCGUAAAGGGUCGCUUUUCAGUUGCUCAGUACAUGCCUUCAAAGCCCAUUAGCAAAGGACUGAAAGUGUGGAUGCUGUGUGACUCUAAGUCAGGGUAUUGUCAUCGGGCCAAUAUAUAUGUUGGACGUUCUAAUGAUGACUUGGGUGGAGUUGGCUGCCAUGUGGUCAAAUCCCUUAUAAGAGGUCUGGAGGGGAAAUAUCACCACAUCUUCCUUGACAGCUUCUUCACCUCAGUACCUCUGGUGCAGAAGUUGCUUAAGUUGGGUCUAUAUAUGUGCGGCACAACACUUCAGGAUCGUAAAGGGUUCCCAGACACACUAAAACUGAAAAAUAUUGGCAAACUAGCCCAAGGAGAGUUUUGUCAGUGCCAGCAUGGUAAUAUUUUGGCCACAGUUAUGAGAGACACAAAAGUGAUCAGCUGUCUGUCUUCUAAUGCUUCCCCUGGCAUUGUGGGUAUCAGUCAGGAAAAACAGAGGGAUGGAAAAGUCUGUAGAGUUCCACGUCCUCUGCCACUGCUCUUAUAUCAGGAGAACAUGUGUGGCGUCGACCUCUGCAACCAGCUAAGGGAGUGCUACCCAAUAGGCCAACCCUGCAAAAAGUGGUGGCGCUACUUCCUGUGGUUCUAUCUAAACAUCUGUAUUGUCAACUCUUUCAUUAUACUGCGUGAAAACCGUAAAGGUUCCCCACUACCUGGUUUCACUGGCAAGCAGUUCACUCAGAGACAUUUUCGUAUACGGCUUGCCCAGCAGCUGAUAGGAGACUAUCAGGGCACUAGAGGUGUGGAGAGAGCCACUCGAAAGAGGCACUCUGAUUCACCAGUGGAGUAUGGCCAUCGCCUUGAGCGCAUGUCUGAACGUUCCCGAAGAUGUCGAAACUGUACCAACAAGGGAUUGCGCCAUGAAAGUGUGUUUGGGUGCAAAAUAUGCAAUGUUCAUUUGUGCCGUGGGGGCUGCUUUGCAGAAUUUCAUAAAUAA